AUGCUUCGUCUGUUGCGGCUGCGACGAAUCAAUUUGAAGCCGAUGGUGCAGCCAAUCGACGACUUACUGCUGAAAAAUGCAGUCACAAAGCCGCCACCAGCAGAAGGAGAGGAAAAGAAAAAGAAGAAAGAGACUAACCGAGCAAAAGCGCGUGUCUACAGGAGCAAGGGUCGAACUACAGCUCCACCUCCGAAGCCCGUCGAGAAGCCAAGGCCGAUCAACAUGUCGAACGCGUUUAGGGACGCGCUCAGCGCGCCGAAGAUGGAACAGGUGAAAAAGAGGCCGAAGCGCAUCGUCAAGCCCACGGAGUCCACUGGCAGUCAACGAAGAAGCUCCGCCGCGCGAAAAGCAAACAAGCCCAUCAAAGUUGGAGAU